AUUUAAUUACAUUCUAAAGCCCUAAGAGUUUCCUGAACAGAGACACUCUCCCUAUCAGAGCGCUUAUUAGACAGGCGCUGGCUGGACAAUGGCAGGAAGUCGGCUUGGAGAUCGCUUUGGCAGUGGGACGGGGGUCAUUCAGUGACUGGGCUGCUUACAGACACCAUGGCCGGCCUGGGACUGAUCAUUCUCACCUUUAUUUGCACGGACACUGCAGGAGCUGCUGUGAGACCUGUGGUUUCCUUCUCCCCAAACUGGACCCCAAUAUUCCCAGGGGAGUCUGUAACUCUGAGCUGUAAUGUGGCUCCUACUGCCCAAGGGAACCUGGGAUAUUCCUGGUACAGGGAUGGAGAGCGGAUACGCAGAGAUGAGCAGAACCUUACAGGAGUGACUGACAGUGGGGAUUACCAGUGCCAGGCCGGUGCCAGUGAGAGAAGUGACCCGGUUACACUGGAUGUGAGUGCGGAUCCACUCAUCCUGCAGGCGCCCCCUGCUGUUUAUGAAGGGGACUCCCUGUCUCUCAGGUGCCACAGUCAGCCUGCAUAUAGGGAAAAGAAGCUGGUAUUUUACAAGGACAAUGAGACCAUUGGGCCCCCAGUCAGUGGCUCUGAGUUACAGAUAGGGAGAGUGAAUGUUACUGCGUCUGGUACAUACAGGUGUGGAAAAGAAAUCACUCGCUAUGUUUUCAGCCCUGUCACUCCUUACACAGCCCAUCGGAACAUCUCAGUCCAAGAGCUGUUCAGUCCCCCGCAUAUAAAUGUGAGCCCAUACGAUUUGAUAGAAGGAGAUCACAUGACCAUAACAUGUGACACAGAGCUCCGCCCACACAGAGAGACUACAGAGCUGCAGUUUGCUUUCUACAGAAAUGGGCACAAUGUGCAGGGAUUCAGUUUAUCCAACCAAUAUGGAGUCCCCUCAGCUCAGCUGGAGGAUUCUGGGAAUUAUACCUGUGAGGUACAAACUCCAACCGGCAGUGUGAGGAAGAGGAGCAGUGUUGUUACUAUCCACAUACAGGGAGCUGCAGCCAGACCGGUGCUUUCCGUCUCCCCAAACUGGGCCCCGAUACUCACUGGUGAUUCUGUAAAUCUGACCUGUAACGGGGCCCGUCCUGCACAAGGGAAUGAGAGCUAUACCUGGUACAGGGGCAAUAGCCAGAGGACUGGUGUGGAACGGCAGACGUAUGUGAUCCACAGGGCCAGGAGAGAACAAAGUGGGAGGUACCAGUGCCAGAUCGAUGCCGGCGACAGAAGUGCCGCCUUCCAGCUGACAGUUAGUGAUGAAAAGCUCAUCCUGCAGGCGCCCCCUGGUGUCCAUGAGGGGGAUGAACUGAUUCUCAGAUGUCACCACCCCCCUGAUUAUCGUACAAGUGACACAACGUUUGAAUUCCGGGAGGAGCCAAUAAAUCGCUCCCUGGGGUCGGACUCUGUUCUCCCACUCGGGAAGGCGCAGGCGAAUAUGUCCGGGCCCUACAGAUGCAAAACCAAACUGUAUGAUAAGUUCCACGAUAUCACUCACAAUUACACAUCUCCUGUGGAACAUCUUUCAGUUACGGAGCUGUUCAGUCCCCCACAAAUAAAAGUGAGGCCAGAUCAGGUGACAGAAGGAGAUCACAUGACCAUAACAUGUGACACAGAGCUCCGCCCACACAGAGAGACUACAGAGCUGCAGAUUGCUUUCUACAGAAAUGGGCACAAUGUGCAGGGAUUCAACUCAUCCAACCAAUAUGGAGUCCCCUCAGCUCAGCUGGAGGAUUCUGGGAAAUAUACCUGUGAGGUACAAACUCCAACCGGCAGUGUGAGGAAGAGGAGCAGCAUGGUGCAUAUCCACAUACAGGAGCUCUUCUCUUACCCACAAAUAAAUGUGAGCUCAGAUCAGGUGACAGAAGGGGAUCACAUGACCAUAACAUGUGGCACAGAGCUCCGCCCACACAGAGAGACUACAGAGCUGCAGUUUGCUUUCUACAGAAAUGGGCACAAUGUGCAGGGAUUCAGUUUAUCCAACCAAUAUGAAGUCCCCUCAGCUCAGCUGGAGGAUUCUGGGAAUUAUACCUGUGAGGUACAGACUCCAACCGGCAGUGUGAGGAAGAGGAGCAGCAUGGCACAUAUCCACAUACAGGAAUUAUUCAACAACACACAAAUAAAAGUGAGUUCAGAUCAGGUGACAGAAGGAGAUCACAUGACCAUAACAUGUGACACAAAGCUCAGCCCACACAGAGAGACUACAGAGCUGCUGUUUGCUUUCUACAGAAAUGGGCACAAUGUGCAGGGAUUCAGUUCAUCCAACCAAUAUGGAGUCCCCUCAGCUCAGCUGGAGGAUUCUGGGAAUUAUACCUGUGAGGUACAGACUCCAACCGGCAGUGUGAGGAAGAGGAGCAAUGUAUUGUAUAUCCACAUACAGGAGCUGUUCUCUACCCCACAAAUAAAAGUGAGGCCAAAUCCGGCAAGAGAAGGAGAUCACAUGAUCAUAACAUGUGACACAGAGCUCAGCCCACACAGAGAGACUACAGAGCUGCAGUUUGCUUUCUACAGAAAUGGGCACAAUGAGCAGAGAUUCAGUUUAUACAACAAAUAUGGAGUCCCCUCAGCUCAGCUGGAGGAUUCUGGGAAUUAUACCUGUGAGGUACAAACUCCAACCGGCAGUGUGAGGAAGAGGAGCAGCAUGGUGCAUAUCCACAUACAGGAGUUGUUCAGUACCCCACAAAUAAAAGUGAGGCCAGAUCAGGUGACACAAGGUGAUCACAUGACCAUAACGUGUGACACAAAGCUCCGCCCACACAGAGAGACUACAGAGCUGCAGUUUGCUUUCUACAGAAAUGGGCACAAUGUGCAGGGAUUCAGUUUAUCCAACCAAUAUGGAGUCCCCUCAGCUCAGCUGGAGGAUUCUGGGAAUUAUACCUGUGAGGUACAAACUCCAACCGGCAGUGUGAGGAAGAGGAGCAAAGUGUCACAUAUUGAAAUACAGGGAGCUGUGGAGUCUCAAGAUGGGGGCACUACAGACAGUCCGCCAUAUUUGAAUAAAAGUAAAAAAGAAGCUGCUUCUGGAGAUGCAAAAAGUGCAAAACGUAUUCCAACCCAAACGAAUGAGACAAUGGGAGAUCCAGGAGCUUCUCAUGAAGGCAGAACUAACGCAACUGGUGUUUCAUCCCAAAUGAGGGAGACAAAGGAAGAUACAGAGCAGCCAGGAGCGUCACUACCCAGUAGGGGAAAGGAGACAAGCAGCCAACUACAUUUCCAGCUUGGUGAGAGAAGUCAGAUGUACCUGGCACUGGGGCUCAUAGGAUCAGUACUAGCCCUGCUUGUUGUUGCUGCUGCCUUUGUUAUCAAGACCAGACAGAAACGAUCUUCAUGGCUAAUCCAGCACCUUCAGCGUCUUAAAACAGUCCACAGCCGCAUUCCCAAAGUGAAAAUGUCUUCUACACCCAUACUGGUAUCAUUUGUGCCAGAGGAGCCCAGGUACACCGAGUUACCUUCACAAGGCACAACAGAACAUCUCAACCAAAAAAGGCAUUUCCUAGCCCAUCAUCAGAACAACAACGACCAAUCUGCUGGAAGGGUUCCUAUUUUUGGGCAAAAGAACGAGUUCUCCGAUCUAACAAACGAUGAAACUGCCAUUUUGAAGCAGCACUUUCCAGGAAGUAAUUCUAUCCCAAGUUCUAAUGGUUAUUCUGUUGGUGAAUCUUACCCAUAAACAACUCAGUUCUGCUGGUUUCUGUAGGGAUCAGAGGUGGAACUCAGUCUGAGAGCUAGGUAAAAAAAGAGACUUCUGGUCUUUAUGGCUACUGGACUGUAUUUAACCUUUCUAACAACUUAGGUGAGCUAAAAAAUAACAAAAUGUAUACUAUUUUGCUACCAAAUGUAUAUAUUUAUUAUGGUAUCCAUAAUUCAAUGUGCCAUUUUUAUAAUAUAAAAUAUUAUUAUUGUUAAUUUGCCUUGGGAAAAUACUGUCAAAAUUCACUAUCCCUUCCAAUAAAGCUUAUAAAAAGGAAGAAAAGGACAUAAAGAUAUGUAAAGGAGAGGAGGUCUGAUCAUGGACCUUAUUAUGGAAUUGUCCAUUUCAAUAACAGCUUUAUGAACCAAUAAGGAAGCUGGAUAGUUAUCUUCGAGCUGAUGGUUCUACUUACACUUUGCAAAAGCUUUUAAAGCAGAAGGAAAGUCAUUUUGACAUUUUACUGGCAAUAGAUUAGCCACAUUAGUUCC